UCCGAGCAUACAAGUAUCAGUACGGUAAGUAUUUUCGGUAACUACUAAUUCAUGUUCACUUCCUAGCUCAAAUCUACCAUUGCUUCUGUAUAAUUUUCCUGUUGGAUAGUGUAUAAUUGCUGUCUCUAAUGGGCGUGUCAGCAUUCCGCCCUGUCAUUACACGGUGUAUAAAUGCCGGUUUCUUAUGGCAGGAGCUCUGACUCAGCCUCCCAAGAAAGACGACUCCUCUACUGCCCACCACAUGUAGCCUCCCACACUGCUGUGGAAUAUAGAGACCCUAUUUAUAGCGUUAGCCAGGGGCCUGUAACCCUGUACAUGGCAAACUUUCAUUUAAACAGCCGUCUCGAACAAUCCACCACGACACCCGGUCAGACACAAGAAACACGGGGACAAGGGAGGACGACCAAAUUUUGACAGUUUUUCGAUGGAGGGCUACAAUGAAGACGCCAAAGAACUUGACUGACAGGAGCACAAACAAGCGCACCUGUUGGCCACUGAGGGCUAUUGUUGGAUGAACGAUCCCUGGAUAUGACCUGAGGAAGGCUUAUGGAACAGGACCGACCUUGUAAUACACUGGAGAACUUUUUAAGAGCGCAAGCAAAGAAAGAUUUCAUUGACAGGCUGCCACGAUUCUCAACGGUAGGAUGAGCGUGGGCUUCAUAGGAGCGGGCCAGGUGGCUCACGCACUGGUGCGAGGCUUCACGGCGGCGGAUGUAAUUGCAGCUCAAAGAAUCACAGCCAGCUCCCCAGACACAGAUCUCAAGAAAUUAAGGGUUUCACGACGAGCAACAAAGAGACAGUGAACAAGAGUGACGUCCUCUUCCUAGCUGUUAAGCCCCACACCAUUCCCUUUGUGCUGGACGAGAUUGGACCGAACAUCGAAGAGCGCCAUCUUAUCGUGUCCUGUGCUGCAGGUGUCACCGUCAGCUCCAAUAGACAAGAAGCUGCUCCAGUAUCGCGCUGCCCCCAAGGUAAUACGUUGCAUGACCAACACUCCCGUGGUUGUGCGUGAAGGGGCUACUGUGUACGUCACGGGCACCCAUGCCGACGUGGAGGACGGAAAGCUACUGGAGCAGCUGAUAGCCAGCGUGGCAUACUGCACUGAGGUGGAGGAGGACCUCAUUGAUGCCGUUACAGGCCUGAGUGGAAGCGGACCUGCUUACGACGGCGCUCGGAUGGUAUUAGACUCGGAGCAACACCCCGGGCAGCUCAAGGACAACGUUUGCUGGCCGGUGGGCACCAUCAUCCAUGCCCUCCACGUCAUGGAGCGCGCCGGCUUCCGCAGCCUCCUCAUCAACGCCGUCGAGGCCUCUUGCGUUUGGACAAGGGAACUUCAAUCGUUGGCAGGCCAGGAGAGAAUCUCCACGGCUGCCAUCAAGAAGACGACCCUGGACAAAGUGAUGCAGCAGCCAGGGGUGACCGUGAAGGCCGUGGGCGUACGAUCACACGGGAUCAGCAUCUUCAACAACUGCAACAAUCGGAAAACAAAGAAUAAUUGAUCAAGAACUAAGACACUAUUAUUUAGCUAACCAAUUACAAUACCUCAUCAAAUGGUUGCACCACAGUGAGGAGUGUGAUUCUUGGCUAGAAUAGGAACAAACAGACUGCAACAACAUCAAACUACCAAGACUCCCAUUUAUUUCUACUAGUCUUAAACGCUAUAAAUGUUUCAAGAAUCCAAUAAUCGCAUCCACCUUAACGGCUUGGUGGCCAAGUUCAGUAUCGACAGGAUCUCAAUUAGCUCCCAGUAUACUCUCCCCAAUCUGUCAUAAUCCAGAUUUCGAAAUUAAUAAUAUAACCCUUCAUUUUAGCACAUGGGAACAACAUGUAAUUAACCACCUACAACAACUAUUUAACAAUAAUGUUUUUAGGACACGCGAUGAACCGUUCCAAGAAUUCCAAAUAACAGCCUGAAACUUUCUUCAAUACAAUAAAUUAAAAGCAGCAAUAAUAAAAAAAAAGAAUACCAACACUCCAGAGCACCCUUUAACUGCCGGAGUUUGUCAAGCAAAUAAUGAAGCUUCUCCCGCAAAGUAAAUGAAAUCUCUCAAAAGUUUAUAAAUUAAUUUCAUGUACUAAAUCAAUGCACUUACCAAUCACCAAAUGGGAAGAAGAUCUCUCCAUGUCUGCUGACCGUAGCUACUGGAUAAAUAUUUGUAACAAUACGUUUAGAAUGACAAAAAACACAAAUCUACAGUUUAUACAAUAUAAAGUGCUCCAGAGAAAACAGGCAGUACACUAUGCAUAAAAUGGGUUUCUCUCCAUCUAAUAUAUGUGUGCAAUGCACCAAAAAUACCCCGGACACGUAUUUUCAUACUAUAUGGGAAUGUACACCAAUUCAAUGCUUUUGG